AUUGACUUUUCCCCGCUCUCUUCCAUCUCCUUCUCGCCGUCACCAGUCCAACCGUCCUACGCAACUGUUCGGCGAAACUGAACAUGGCGGCUGAGUUCGACUACGGUGCGCCCAAGCGGGGCGUCUUUCAGAACAUCAGGGUUUACUGGCUCGCCUUUAUCGUCUACUGGGGCAUCGUCCUCUUUGGCUACGACAGCGGUGUAGGCGGAGGUGUCGUUACACAGCCCUACUUCGAGACCCACUUCGGUUAUGCGGGGAACGUCCAGAAAACGAACGACGUCUCGUCCAACAUCGUCUCCGUUCUCCAGGCGGGCGCGUUCUUCGGUGCCCUCGGCAGCGCCCCCGUAAGCUCGUACAUUGGACGACGGUGGACCCUCCUCGUUUUCACACUCGUCUUUGCCGUCGGCGCGAUCCUCCAAACCAUAUCUGGGGGGUCACGCGGCCUGGGCUACAUCUACGGCGGUCGUGUCGUCGCCGGUCUUGGCAUAGGUGGUAUCUCCGCCGUCUCGCCCGCAUUCGUGUCCGAGUGCGCGCCGAAGGAGGUUCGAGGCCGUAUCACUGGCCUCUUCCAGAUCAUGGUCGCCAUCGGCGUCAUGCUGAGCUACUGGAUCAAUCUUGGUAUCUCGCUCCACAUCACGUCCGGCCCGGCCAUUUGGCGCAUCCCCUUUGGCAUGCAGCUUGUUCCCGCGGGCAUCAUGGCGUUUGGUCUCCUCACCGUCAAGGAGAGCCCGCGUUGGCUUGCACAAAAAGGCCGCCACGAAGAGGCGCUCGCGAACCUCUCCUACCUGCGCCACCUGCCCCCGAACUCUAAGGGCGAAUACCACGAGUCUCUCCUGCAUGAGUACGCCGAGAUCGAGGCGGCCAUCGAGGAGGAGCGUGUGGCGAGGGAGGGUCUCGGGCUCAAGGAGGCCUUCCUCGGCAAGGGCAACUGGAUCCGGUUCGUCAUCGCCAUCGUGAUCUUCCUCUUCCAGCAGUGGUGCGGCCAGAACAGCGUGAGCUACUACGCGCCGCAGAUCUUCUCGUCCAUCGGCUUCACGGGCACGACGAACUCGCUGCUCGCGUCGGGGAUCUACGGCAUCGUGAAGGUCGUCGCGACCGCGAUCUUCGUCUUCUUCCUCGUCGAGACGCUCGGGCGCAAGCUCUCGCUCUUCAUCUCCGCGGUGGGCAUGGGCGUGCUCUUCUUCAUCAUCGGGGCGCUGCUCAAGACGUUCCCGCCGCCCGCAUCGCCGCCGCCCGGGUUCUCGCCGCCGCCGGCAAGCAAGGCGAUGGCCGCGAUGCUGUACAUCUACGUCUGCUUCUAUUCGAUGGGCUGGGGCCCGCUGCCGUGGGUGUACGUCUCGGACAUCUUCCCGACGCGCACGCGCCACUACGGGCUCGCGACCGCGAGCGCGUCCCAGUGGUUCUUCAACUUCAUCGUCUCCAAGUGGACGCCGGACAUGAAGACCGCGCUCGGCUACAAGAUCUUCCUCAUGUUCGCGACGAUCAACAUCGGCGGCAUGGCCGUGUUCAGCUUGCUCAUCCCAGAGACCAAGGGCCGCUCGCUCGAGGAGAUGGACAUCAUAUUCGGCUCCGUGAACGCCGAGAAGCGGCUCGCAGACAUCGAGCAGCAGGAGCGCCAGUUCGCGCAGGUGCAUCCGCUCGACGAGGGCUCUGUCAAGAGCGACAUGGAGAAGGUUUGAAAAGCUUUGCCCUUUUCUUGGCAACGCCCGCCCGCUCGCCCCUCGCAACGCGCAUAUACUGUACACUGCAUACUAUUUUCCCCCGCAUUGUGUUUCGCUUGCCCGAUGCUGUCUACGAUAUGAUGCACUCAUGCCUGCUGUUGUAUAUUAG